GGCUUGGGGCUAGAGACCCCCCUGGACUGGGUGGAGACCUGCGGUGGGGCGGGGCUUUCACUGCUUCCUGGUUGGUUCCCGACAACACAGCACUGGAAGGCCUCACCUCCCUUCCACAGCUGUGCCAGCGCUGCCUUUUCCCAGGUCUCCGAGCUCCGUGGCUUGUGCUGAGUGCUGGGGUGUCCAGCCCAGCCCUGUAAGCUUUCCGGUCACUCCUGGUCAGGAAAACAAGCACACAGGCAGGCAGUUUGUGUACGGCCGCGCGGAGGCCAGUGAUCCGCCGCCUAUCUGUCACCUCUGGCCCUGAGCGCGCUGCUGCCAAGUUGUCCCCAUGACUCCAAACACGGGGGCGGAGCCUGGAUCGGGCCUGUGGGGAGGGCUCCACUCAAGUGACCACAGGCAGCCCUGAGCUCAGCUCCUGGUGCCUGGCUGGAAAGUGGCUGUCCUGCUUCCUGUGACCUUGGGGGUGGAAGGACGGGCCCAGGGGUCUAGGGCACGAUCUCCCUUCUACACGCCUCCUUCCCUCGCUCCUCCCACCCUUCUCGCUUCUACCCCGCCUCCACCACCCUAAACGGCUUCCUGGGCCGGAACUGUUUGGCUUUUCCCUGUCCCAGUUGAGGGUGGGGGGUCGCGGCCCCAGGCCUUUGCGGGACAUGGAGCCCAGGAGGGUGGCGCCUGGGGCGCCCGGCUGGGGCCCUCGAGGGGCCGUGGGGCCGCGGAUGGUGGCGGAGCUUGUGUACCACCUAGCCGGGGCCUUGGGCACUGAGCUGCAGGAGCUGGCGCGUCGUUUCGGGCCGGAGGCGGCGGCCGGGCUGGUGCCGCUAGUGGUGCGCGCGCUGGAGCUCUUGGAACAGGCUGCCGUGGGGCCCACCCCGGACUCGCUGCAGGUGUCGGCGCAGCUGGCCGAGCGGGAGCUGCGGCGGCUGCGGGAGGAGAACGAGCGCCUCUGCUGGGAGCUACGCGCGGGGCCGCAGGAGGAGCGCGCGCUGCUACGGCAGCUCAAGGAGGUGACGGACCGACAGCGGGACGAACUGCGGGCGUACAACCGCGACCUGCUGCAGCGCGGCCUGGAGACCGAGGCGUUGCAGGAGCAGCUGCAGCGCCUCCUGCUGGUGAAUGCCGAGCUGCGGCAGAAGCUGGCGGCCGUGCAGACCCAGCUGCGUACCGCGCAGGACCGCGAGACAGAGCGCCAGCAGCCUGGAGGAGGCGCGGAUCCACCGGCUGAGGAGAGAGCGCGGGGCCAGGUCUGGGGGCCCGAGCACCAGCAGGGGCAGGAGCCCGAACGGGCGACCCCUGAGGACUCUGUGAGUGCUGCACGAGGGCAAGGAUCCAGCCCAGGAGGGCACUCGGGCCAGGUCCGCAUCGGCACAGCAGGUCCGCGCCCCCGACCGGCCUCUGUUACUUGUUGGGGCACCCUUGUCCCACAGGUCUCCCUGCCCGUCACUUCCUCUAGCGUUCUCGCGAUGGCCCUCGAGCGCGACCCUCUGACCGUGCCUGUCCUCCUAAAGGUAGAGGCCGCGCAGCCGCCAGGGCGCCCCCAGGAGGCAGGGCAGUGCCGCAUCAGCCGGGAGGAGUUUGAGCAGAUCCUUCAGGAGCGGAAUGAACUCAAAGCCACAGUGUUCCUGCUCAAGGAGGAGCUGGCCUACUUCCAGCGGGAGCUGCUCACUGACCACCGGGUCCCCGGCCUUCUGCUGGAAGCCAUGAAGGUGGCUGUCAGGAAGCAGCGAAAGAAGAUCAAGGCCAAGAUGUUAGGGACUCCAGAGGAAGCAGAGAGCAGUGACGAUGAGGAUGGCUCCUGGCUCCUGCUCGCCGAUGAUAAGGAUCCCCCACCCCCGGAAUCCAAAAUACAGAGUUUCUUUGACCUGUGGUAUCGCGGGAAAGCCGAAUCCCCGGAGGAUGAGACCCACAGCCCUGCUCCCGGCAAGCCAGAGGCAGAAGAGGAGACCCAACCAUAGUCUCCAGCACCUGAGCUGCCCUGUCCUGCCUGUCAGGAACAUCUCUGUCUGGGGGCCUCAGCCACCCCAGAGGCCUGACUUGGGGAUCUGGCUGUGGCUGGAUUUGUGACCUCAUAUGAGGACAGGGCUCCCUCCUUUGUGGCCUCCCAGGCGUCUUCCCCAGUUCUGGCCUGCACCAGGGCAGCACGGGGGCUCAGCCCACCUCCCUCUCUACGUCUCUGUACCAGACCUCUGGGGCCAGACAUAAGAGCACCUCUCUGAGUCUCAGUUUCCCCAUCCACAAAAUGAGAGCUGGUUCCCAGGCCUUUGUGCAGAUGGCCUGAGCUUGUGUAAUAAAGAACUACCUGAAACUCCCAGAAA